AUGGCGGAGAGUACCAGAUUUCGUACAUUGGAAGAUCAGCUCAAGAAGCAGGAAGCUCGCCUGCAGGAGAUGGUGGAUUCGGUGGCCAGCGUACAAGCUGCGUGCCAACACCAGUUUCAGGAAGAAUUAGAGCAGAGGAGUUCGCGGCUGGAAGCGCUCGUAGGAAGCUUGAAUCAGAGGUUUGACUCCAUUGAGCUGAAGUUCAACAGCCUACUGACCGCAAUGUUGAAGGAGAAAGGAUGCGCAGAGCUGGAAACGAGGAGUUCGGAGCUGCUAUUACCAACUCCACCUCCGCACAUGAAGCUGGGGAAUCCGAAUGGUGCUCAAUUCGCACCACCAGAGAACCGAAGUAAGCAAUUCACCCCUAUUUUGCCAAGAUUGGAAAUGCCUAUGUUUGCUGCUGGUAAUCCUAGGGAAUGGCUUAGGAAAUGUCAGAAAUAUUUUACGAAUUACCAGAUUCCUGAUAACCAAAAAGUAGAGAUGGUAGAAAUGUUCCUCGAGGGGAAGGCCGACAACUGGUUUCAAGGCGUGAAACUUGAAAGGCCUCAACUCUCCUGGGCAGAAUUUAGCGAUUUAUUGUGUGAAAGAUUUUCCGGUAAAGGCUCUCGAGAUGUGAUAGAAGAAUUCAAUAAACUUCAACAAAAGGGGGUGGUAGAGGAAUAUGAGGAGAAAUUUGAGGAGCUUAAAACUCUCAUGUUGCUUAGAAAUCCGAAACUCGAUGAGCUUUAUUUUGUCUCCAGUUUUAUCAGUGGGUUGAAGGAGGAAAUUAGACCAAUGGUGAAGAUGUUUAAGCCACAAACACUGGCCAAGGCCUUCGAAGUAGCUGAAUUACAAGAGUGUUCCUUAGAAGUGCAAGCAAAGCACUCGCGAAAUGCUGGAAAAAUGAUGUUGGAAUCCAGGUUUGGGCUGUCUAAGAAUAUAUCUAGUGGACAGAGGUCUUCCAGCUCCUACCGUAUUCCAGCCAUUACUCCCAACAAUAACAAGCAGGAAAACGUGGCUAGGGAGUUUAAUAAGGUCUCGGCUGAGGACAUCCAACAUAGGCGCAAACACGGUCUAUGCUAUAGGUGUGGUGAAAAAUUUGGCGCGGGGCACCGAUGUAGGACAGGGAACUUGAAUUGCUUGGAUCUUGAGGAAGGGGAAGAAACAGAUUUUGAAGACGCUGAAGUGGAACAAGAAGAAAACACUGGGAGAGUUGGUGAACUAGCAGAGGUUUCUCUAAAUACUUUGAAUGAUGCCAUGAGCAGGAAGUCUAUAAUACUGCGAGGUAACAUGGGAGGACUACCAAUAAAAAUCCUGGUGGACACUGGGGCUUCGAACAGCUUCAUUCAUUUUGGACUUGCUAAAGCUUUGUAUUUACCUCACUGCGAGGUGACUCCUUUCACAAUCACGUUGGCAGAUGGGACUGAUAUCACUAGUGGCGCAGUUUGUCCAGGAGUCCAGUGGUUGAUACAGGACUAUCAAUUUCAAUUUGACCUGAAGGUAAUGGAAUUAGGGACUUGGGACAUUAUCUUAGGGGUAGAUUGGAUGUACCAGUUCAGGCCUAUUACGUUUGAUUUCCACAGCCUCAGCAUUUCCCUCAGUAGUAGUGGGAGUUUGUUACACUUACAGGGGCUUGUCAACCAGCCUGUGAUGGAAUUGGUAAGGGGCAAGGACCUCAGGACUUUUAUAGAAGAAAAACGCAGGCAUUGUGUAGCCUUACAAGCUGAAUCACAGCAGCACCAGCAAGUAGAUGUCCCUGAACAGGUAGAAGCGGUUCUGCGACAGUAUUCACAAGUGUUCGCCAUCCCGACAGGUCUACCACCGGAAAGAGAGUUGGAUCACCAAAUCAAUCUCAAACCGGGAGCGGAACCCUUCAAACUUAAGCCUUAUAGGUACCCUCAUGCACACAAAACCGAAAUAGAGAAGCAAGUGGCUGAAAUGCUCUCUAGCGGUAUCGUUACUUAUAGCAGCAGUCCUUUUGCCUCUCCGGUGUUGCUGGUCAAGAAGAAAGACAACUCAUGGAGGUUAUGUGUGGAUUAUCGGAAGUUAAACGAGUUGACGGUUAAGGACCAAUUUCCCAUACCGAAUAUAGAUGAACUCCUAAAUGAAUUGCAUGGGACAAAGUAUAUGUCUAAGCUGGACCUGAGGGCUGGUUACCACCAACUCAGAGUUAAGGCAAUGGACACGUACAAAACUGCCUUCCAGACGCAUCAUGGUCACUUCGAGUUUUUGGUCAUGCCAUUUGGUUUGACGAACGCUCCGGCUACCUUUCAAGCCUUGAUGAACCGCAUUUUUUAG